AUGUCCUCGCGAAUCCCGGACCGCUCAGGUCCGCGGCGCAACCGGUCGCGAUCCCCGUCGUCCUGGCGUCAACCCCAGAAUCGCCCCCGCAAUGAACGAGACUAUCGCGACCGACAAGAUUCAAAUCGGAGGUGGGAUAAUGGAAAUUCGCGCGGCCCGGGUCCAUCGCGGGAUAUGCGUGACCAAGUUCGCCUCAACCAGCUUCAAGAGGACGAACAAGCUCGUGAGUGGGUCGCGCAGGAGGACAUCUUUGUGCUUAAGCAGGCCAAGAAAAAGGCAGAGAUUCGAGUCAAGGAAGGGCGCGCAAAGCCUAUCGACUGGCUGACGGUCACACUGCGUGUUAUUGAUCCCACCCGCGACCCCUUGGACGAUGAGAUUGCGGAUUCCGAGCUCGAUGUGGUGGACCCUGAUGGUGUCUUCGAGGGACUGUCGCAGUCACAGUUGGAAGAUUUGGAGCAUGAUAUUGAUACCUUCCUGAAGUUGGAGUCAAACCCGCAGAACCGGGACUUUUGGCAGACAAUGAAGAUCAUCUGCCGUGAUCGCCAGAAGACCUCUGCACCUCAAGGACGAGCUCUCAGCUCAGUGGCCGCCGAUAUCAACCGACUACUUAGCCCGAAAACUUACGAACAACUUCAAACGCUAGAGGUCCAAGUCAAGAGGAAAUUGAAUUCCAACGAACCCAUCGAUACAGACUACUGGGAAGAGCUUCUACGCAGCUUGACAGUGUGGAAGGCCCGGGCAAGACUGCGAAAUGUAUAUCAAGAUGUGAUUGACGAACGCGUUCGCGAUCUAAGGAAACAACAGAAAGCGGAGGCGGAAUCUAUCCGGGAGAAGCUUGCUCCUCUUGCACCCAUUGUGUCUGGAGGCGACCAGUCCCAAGCAUCGGUGGAUUCUGCCGAAUUCAAGGGCUUGGAUCCCGAUCCGUUACUGCAUGUGCGCCAGGAAGACAAAGGUCUGGAGAUUAUGGACGAGGCCGUAUUUCUUCGUCAAGUGGCUCGAGAGCGUCAAAAGAUUCUUCGCAUGGGAUAUGUUCCUCUUCGACAACGAGGUGCCGAGAGGCCCAGUGCGGUUACCACUAGUGCGGUGUCCACUAGCACGGCCACAUCAGGGGUGCCCGGUCGGUUCUCUGCGAUCCCCAAUGACGAUUUCUCGCAAGCUACCAAGGCCUUGUACGAAAGAGAGCUGGCCAAGGGUAUUAGUGAGAAUGAGGAGAUCUUUACUAGCGAAGAGGCAGUGACUACUGCUUCCCAAUCACAAUGGGCGGGCAAGCACCGACCCCGAAAGCCCCGAUACUUCAACCGUGUUCAAAUGGGCUACGAGUGGAACAAGUACAAUCAGACCCAUUAUGACCAUGACAACCCGCCACCAAAGGUUGUGCAGGGCUACAAGUUCAACAUCUUCUACCCGGACCUUAUUGAUAAAACCAAGGCCCCGACGUAUCGCAUUGAGCGAGAGGAUGGUCGGAAGCGAGGACAGUCUAAUGCAGAAGCCGGAGAAGAGGAUACUUGCUUGAUUCGAUUUGUGGCUGGAGCCCCUUACGAAGAUAUCGCCUUCCGCAUUGUCGACAAGGAAUGGGACUAUAGUGCGAAGCGCGAACGAGGGUUCAAGAGCACCUUUGACAAGGGUAUUCUCCAACUCCACUUCCAGUUCAAGAGGAUCUAUUACCGGAAGUAG